CGUUCCUGCGCUCGGCGCGGUCUCUACGUCGGAGCCCAGAGAGUAAGUGUUUCCGGCCAUUCAUACGCCCGACCUCGGCUGUCGGUGGUCGGAUUUUGUGUACUAUCGGGCCGAAAGGGUGACGGCACCGCUAGGAUGAAGCUCGUGAGCAUGCAGAGCCGGCAAAAGAGUACUUAGAAGCUGCAGAGGUUUAUCAAGAAGUAAUAAAACCCAGUUCCGAAAUGUUUCAAGUCAGGGAUGGACUGUUUUGAUUUCAUUUUUGAUGAAAUUGAGUCACGAAACUGUAACCAUUGAAUUAAAGAAUGGAACACAGGUCCAUGGAACAAUCACAGGUGUAGAUGUCAGUAUGAAUACGCAUCUUAAAGCUGUGAAAAUGACCCUGAAGAACAGAGAGCCGGUACAGCUGGAGACACUGAGUAUCCGAGGAAAUAACAUCCGGUAUUUCAUUCUGCCGGACAGCUUACCUCUGGACACCCUGCUCGUGGAUGUGGAACCGAAGGUGAAGUCUAAGAAAAGGGAAGCUGUUGCAGGAAGAGGCCGAGGCCGAGGAAGAGGACGUGGCCGAGGCCGAGGCAGAGGAAGAGGGGGUCCUAGGCGAUAAUGUCUCUCAAGACUACUAUUUCAAAGUAGAGGGGAACGAAGACUAAUCCAUGACAGAGGAAGACUAUGUGGCUGUGGCAGAGGAGUUGGAGGUCCUAAGCGAUAAUGUACCUGGAGCUUUUUUGUACAGGCUUUGUUUGUUUGUAGCAGUUUUUAAUAAACAUAGAUGUAACACAUUUGUCUGUUGACUAUAUCAUAUUAAGUUUUUAAAGUUCAUGUGUAUAUACUUGAUAUCAGCACAGUAAGAGCCAAGCAUUACUGCUAGGUAGUCCCACAGUAAUUUAGUCUUAGAUCAGGCUUUUAAUUUUUUGAACUAAAAUAUUUCUUUUAUGAAUGUAUAUAGAAUAUGUACCUUUUUAUUUCACAUGCACUGGCGUGUUUUAUUGUUUUACCUUGAUUCCAUUCCAUGGAACCUUCCUACAAGUGAAAUAAGUCCUUUUUGAUACUUCAGAAACUGAGGUCCUGUGGAAUGAGGUCUAAAAUCGAUUCUCCUUUUCCUGAGUUUUGAUCCAUGGAGACGUAGUUUCUUAGUAAAAGUUGAUGCUCAUCUUCUAAUUCGGGAGUCGUUGAUUUGACGUCAUUGUUAAUGGGGGUUUUUGUGGGGGGGUUGCCAGACAAUGUGUGGGAUCCUAGUUCCCCAAUCAGGGAUCAAACCCAUGUCCAUUGCAUUUGAAGCACAGAGUCUUAACCACUGGACCAUCAGGGAAGUCUCUAUUUUACAUUCUCUGUGUUGAAACUGUAAACAGUGUUCACUAGAUAUCUGUUAUGAGCAGUGUUGAAACUUGUAAAUGUGUAGUGUACCUAUCAUUGGCUCCUAUACCAAAUACUUUUACAAGUAGUUCUUUAAGAAUGAAAAAAAGGCAACUGACUUAUUUGCCAGCAUAACUGGACUCUUUCUGAUCAUUAAUAAGGAUUUAUUGAAUUGUUUUAAUAGAUUAGAUUUAGAGAAAAAUGUUUUAGUCGCUAUGUGACUCCUGUGCCAGACCUGUGGACUGUAGUCCACCAGGCUUCUCUCUCCAUGGGAUUUCCCAACAAGAAUACUGGACUGGGUUGCCAUUUCCUUCUCUAGGGAAUUUUUCCAACACAGGGAUCAAACCCAUGUCUUUUGCAUUGGCAGGCGGGUUCUUUACCACUGAGCCUUCAGGGAAGCCCUAAAGAACAUAGCUCUCAGUACAGAGUUUUCUUAUAAAGCUAGUUUACUGCUGUCUGUUUACAUACUAAGACGAAAACCUGACCGAGGAUUGGAGAGAACUAGAUUCUGUAUUUUGAUUUAAUCAUGUGUGUGGGUUUGUUUAUUUAACGAGAAAGAGAUAUUCUGCAAAGAUUGUUACCAAACAAGGAGAUUUAGGCCUUCUGGGAGGUUAGGUAAAUUGAGAUAGCAACAGCAUUUGUGUGUGGCAUGUGUGUAUGUGUGCUCAUUCUUUUCCAUCCUCUGUUUUUGUUCCUGUUAAUUGAAUGCAAGCAUAAGGCAAAGGGACCCAGUGUUCCUCAAGGUGGGGAGAUUUGAAGGGGACAAACAGUAAAGCACAAGUUGUGAAUAAACAUAAGAUGACUCCAGACCUUAUGGUACUAACAGGCCGAAAGGGAAGCAUAUAUACAAUUGCAAAUUGUGAAUACUCUGAUAAUACUUUGUAUUAUCUUGUCUGUUUUAAAAGCUGUGGAAGCUCUUUUCAAAUGCCAAUAACAAAAAAAUGUUUUAACUGUGUCUUUUUAUUUUUUAAUUUUUUUGGCUUAGCCACAUGACACGCAGGGUCUUAGUUUCCCGACCAGGGAGUCAAAACGGUGCCCUCUGCAGUGGAAGUGUGGGGUCCUAACCACGGGACCACCUGAGAAGUCCCUUAACUGUGUCUUAUUUUGUGAAUUUUAAUGUUUCAAAGUUUGUAGUGUGAAACCAGUCUGGGAACACAGAUUAAAUGUAAGGCUAAACCCAGUGGGUACUGGAUUGAAUUUGUCAACUUUAAUAAUAGCCAGUUAUUUUAUCAGCACAAGUGACUUUGAGAAUAGCCAGAAGAAUUGCAAUUUGACAGUGCAAACUGUGGCAGACCACAGGCAAAUCCAGAGAACCAGGAAGUGGGCCUUGGUUUUUUAUAGCGCAUGGGGGAAGGAGGUAGGGAGGCCUUGGGAGGGGCAAUAAUAAGCAGAGUCUUUUGCAGGAAAAGGCCUCUCAUUGGUUGGGUAACUACAGUUUCUGAUUGGCUGGGCUCCCCAGGGGACAACAGAUGGUUUCAUCUCCAGAUGUUUGAAGUAACUGGGUUCAAGCAAAGCUGGCCUGUUGGACCUCAGAACUUUCCUCAUUGUCCUACUCCCUUUGGUUUUCAAGGGCAGGCUUCACCAGGCAUGUGGUAUUACGAAAAGGAUUGCCUUCUGUUUUUAUGUUUUGGAGUGGGUUUUUUUCCUUUUGGCUGCACUACUUGGUUUGUGAGUUCUUAAUUCCCCAACCAGGGAUCAAACCCAAGCCAUCAACAGUGCAAGCACAGAGCGCUAACCACUGGACAGCUGGGGAAUUCCCAAUUUGAUAUCUCUUAAAGCUUAAGAUUUUGUGAAAUUUGGGGGUUUGUUUAAAGAAAUUAAUGAGUUUAGGUAGAAAACUGUAAGUGAGCUAAUAGAAAAAUUAUAUUUCACAGCAUGUUUUGUUUCACUACAACUAGAUUGGUUAAGCAAGGAUGGUUUAGUAUUUUGAAAUGUAAUAAUCUGUUUAGUAGUCAAAAUUCACAUGGUCUUCCAUAAUAUCAGAAUAACAUUUAAUAACACAAUUGUCAUUCCUAAAAACCUAAAAUGGACUUUGCUUAUCAUGUUGAGGAAGAAUUUUCUAUCUUCAACCAACAACAGUCAUUUCUAGAGACAUGCCAAUUAAAACAAAAGAAUAUGUCUAAUAUUGGUCUCUAUUUAAUGUGAAAAUUCUUGUGGAUUCACAAAAUGAGAGGUGUACUUUUGAGAAGGAAGAGAAAUUUUGCAUUUUUAAAAAAUUUUCUAUGCAGGACCAUGGUAGUGUUCCAUUUAUCUGAAUCAGUCUUUCCCCUAAGUAAAAGUUUUAAAGUUCUGUGUAUUUCCUAUAUUUUGAGUAAGAUUAGUAUAUAAUAUGAGAUUUAGUUUACAAAGGGCUUCCCUGGUGGCUCAGUAUAGAAUCUGUCUGCAGUGCAGGAGACCCAGGUUCGAUUCCUAGGGAAGGAAAUAGCAACCUUCUUCAGCAUUCUUGACUGGGAAAUUCCAUGGACAGAGGAGCCUGACGGGCUCCAUAUAGUCCAUGGGGUCGCAAAAGAGUCAGACACAACUUGGUGACUAAACAACAACAAAGAAGCCAGAAUAAAAUAUUCAAAGGCAAGUGACAAGAAGUUCCAAGACGGGGGCCUCAGUUUUGUGUCUGGGCCCGUGGGCAGGUUAAUGUUCCCUUGGCUGCUGCUUUUGCCCAAUAAGAGCCUCUGCAUCACAGACUGAUCUACAGCUUGCACAAUCUGAAUGUGUAUUUCAUUCUGCAGUUUUAAGAUUUGAGCUGGGGUCUCACAUUUGUUUUGUUUUUUUUCACAUUUGUUUUUAUUGGGUAUUUUCCCCUUAACUGUACACAAAUAAAGCUUAUGAGAAUUGC